AUGAGUACGUCAGACGAAACUAGAAAAGGAGGAUCCCCAUGUGAGGAAGGAAAAGGAAGUUUCUUCUUUUUUAGAAAAAACAAAGGAAAGGACAAAGUUUGUAGGACUGAUCAAGCUGCUUUGGAUAAGGGAGCUCCACACGAUUCGAGUAAAGAAGGUGUUGAGGAUCAAGAUAUAAGGAAAAGUGGGUCCCAAGCAGAACCCGCAGAGGAAGAAGAACACACAAAGGAGGAGAUUGGAAACAAAGAAAAAGAAAAGGGGAAAGGAAAGAAAGGAAGUAACCUUCCGAAAGGAGGAAAGGAAAACGGAGUACAAGAUGCUACCAAGAGAAAGAACAUCAAGGGAGGAACAAACAGAAUGAGCAAAACCGUUUCGACAUCAAAAGAACGCGACUCACUGAAUGAACCAACCAGAUCACCAAAUGCUGGUGAUGUAAGUCCUGAGAGUUCUAGUGAUAAACCAAAACAUGUGCACAGUGAAACGAAAGAUCUCGCAGAAGAUGCUAGCCAAAUGUCCAAUGGAGCUGCGAGCGUGAUGGAUGACAAGGCAAAUGACUCGUCUCAUGAUACUUCUCGCACGCCCUCUAAAAAACACGCUACACAGAUUAUCAAGAACACCAUGGAGGAACAAGAAUUGGAUGAGGAUACCACGAAUAGCAGUUCAAAGGAGGUGGAUGAUGACCGACACAGUGUCAUUUUACAAAGGGAAGAAGAAAACUUCCUUGCAGAAAAUUCGAUAAAUACAGGAAGCUUUGAGCCAAAUGAAAAAAACGAAAUAGACUUGCAAGAAUUAAAUGAGCAUAAUAACAACAGUGAUGAUGACAGUAAUGUAAACAAAGGCAAAUGUGAAAUCGAUAAUAGAAUAAAGAGAAAAAUGCACUCGUUAAAGCAGAAUGAGGAAAAGAAAAAAAAAAAAACCGAUACAGAUAAUGCUCCUUCUAUUGCUUCCGACUCGUCCGAUGAGGAAGACGUAGAUUCAAAGGAAAAAUUGAGUGAUAACAGUGCUAAUGAGAUAUUUGACAAGAAGGACAAAGAUGAUGCAAAGGAAAAAAAGAAAAAUGGUUCCAAGGAGGACCACGUCAUUUAUGCAGAUGAGGCCCUAAAAGGAUACCCACGGAUUUUCGUAACCAGACUUCCCUUCGAGGCUGGCAAAAAGGACUUAGAAAAAUACUUUUCCAAAUAUGGGAAGAUAGUAGACAUUUACGUAUCCAAGAAUUUGUCGAAUAACAAAAACAAGGGGUUUGGAUUUGUGUCGUUCGAGAAGCAGAGUUCCAUGGAUAAGGUCCUCAAGGACAAGCUGCACAUAAUCUGUGGCAAGGAAAUCGUCGUGGACGUUGCUUCUAUGAGGGAUAGCAAAACCAAGCACCUUUUCCAUCUCCCGUCGGACCACUACCUAGCCAAGUACCCCAAGAACGACAGAAAGUCCCCCAGCAGGACGCACAACAAUCUUAUCAACUUCAACAAGUACCACAAUGUGUAUAAUAAAACAAACAACAUAAGGGACAUGUCCAAAAAUAUUGAUAACAAUUUAGUGAUGCAAAAUUUUUACAAUCUAUGCCCAACGUAUAACAUACUAGGCAAUCGAAUGAAUAAUAAACAAAUCUACAAGAAUAAUAUGCCCAUGCCUAUCUUCCCCCCCGCCGGUUAUAAUAUGGACCCAGCUUAUUUCAACAAUCAGCAAAUGCCCUAUCAGAAUUGUCUGGACUACAUGGGCAAUGACUACUACUGGAAUAUGGCUAACUAUUACAACUGGAAUAACAUGAUGUUUCAUAAUGAGAAUUUGUACAACGCAAAGAAAAUGGAAUAUCCCUAUUACGUCUGUAAUGGACAGUACAUGAAUCAGAGCCCCCCCCCAAUUGUCAAGAACAAAAUGCAACGGAAAAAUAGCCCCAUGGAGGAGAGCAUGAUGAAGUAUCCCCCAAAUGUCCUCCCAGGAGGGGGUUACCGUUCCCCCGGUCAGCCAUUUGUGCGAAAGUUACCCGGCGGAGAUGAGUGGAACAAACGAGGAUACAAGCUGUUCGUCACGAAGUUAAAUAGCGUGACCACGAUCGAAACGCUCAGGAAUUACUUCGAAGCAUUCGGCGAGAUCAUCGACAUUUACAUGCCCAACGAUGUGUGCACAAACAGACCCCGCGGUAUCGCCUUUGUUACAUUCCUGGACAACGAUUGCGUGAAGAAAAUUCUAUCGAACAAGAAUUCAAAGCAUAUAAUUGAUGGAAAGGAGGUUGUCGUUGAUCUUGCAGACCCAGAAACGAAAACGAAGAAGAAUAUGUGUUACCCCUGA